GACGCGCUGCGCACGCACCGCCGCGCGCUCCGCCCGGGAACGCGGGGCGCCAUUUGACCCCGCCACCGCGCCGUAGGUCGGGCUGCACGCCGCCGGCUGCCAUGGCGGACGUGUCCGAGCGGACGCUGCAGCUGUCUGUGCUAGUGGCCUUCGCGUCCGGAGUGCUGGUGGGCUGGCAGGCGAACCGGCUGCGGAGGCGCUACCUGGACUGGAGGAAGCGGAGGCUGCAGGACAAGCUGGCGACGACUCAGAAAAAGCUGGACCUGGCUUGAGACCCCGCGCUGUCGGCCCCCGUCGGCCCCCGCCG